AUGAUGACUACUCUACUAGUUAUGCUCCUCUAUAGCUGGCUUUUUGCUUUAGCGACUGCAAUCCGAAAUCCGAUUAUCUCAGGUUGGAACCCUGAUCCAUCAGUCCUCCGAGUUGGAGAUAGCUAUUACGUUGCGACCUCUUCUUUCGAAUAUUUUCCGAGCACGCCCAUUUACAAAAGCACCGAUCUCGGAAACUGGGAGCUAAUCUCGCACGCCUUUGCGGAUCCACAAUCACAGCAUCUUUUUGGCGUUCCUACUGGGGCUGGGUCGUGGGCACCCACACUUUCUUAUAUUGAUGGCACAUUCUACAUUGCGUGCAUGACCCGCUGGACUUAUGAUCCAGUAGCAAAAGUGUGGCCGAGGAUCUACUUUGCUUCCUCGGUUGACCUAGUGGAGUGGUCUGACUUGACCUGGGCUGAGCCAUGGGGAAUUGACCCUUCGCUUUUCCACGAUCCUCAGAGCAAAAAGACUUAUUUGAAUCUGAUGGCGCCCAAUAACAAUGAGGACCGGAUUUGGGGGAUCUAUCAGUGUGAAAUCAGUUUAAUCACUGGAAAGUGUAUCGACAGCUAUCACUCUCUCUGGAACGGUACACUCACACACAAUAUCAACUCGCGUCCCGAAGGCCCAAAAAUGUUCUACCGGCUGGGUUUCUACUAUCUCAUGAUUGCUGAAGGAGGCACGGAUGACCUUCAUCGCACGACAAUCGCGAGAAGCGGCUCCCCUACCGGGCCAUGGGAACCUAAUCCAAAUAACCCUUUACUAUUUAACGGUGCAUAUGGAUAUGAUAAUUUGACCGUCCAGUCCACAGGGCAUUCAACUCUGGUCGAGACGCCAGGAGGCGACUGGUAUGCAGCCUUCCUCGCACGGAGGAAGAUUAAAGGCUCAUCUCCACUUGGAAGAGAGACUUUUCUGACUCCCGUCAAAUGGAGCCAAGAAGGGUGGCCGAUUUUGAAUAACGAGGAGCCCAUCAUGCUCAGCAAAUCGUUUGGGCCAUCCGAUGUUCACCAGCAUCUCGUUCCAGCCACAUUCCACGAUGAGUUUACCUCGUCAGUAUUGCAUCCCAGCUGGUACCAACUGCGUACCCCUUACACGUCUAAUUUUGCCCUUGAUGGGCACGGGCUCACGUUCAAACCCAACGUAUAUGGUCUUAGUGACCGCGAUACGCCUGCUGCUCUUCUCCGGAAACAAAAGAGUCUCAACAUGACAUUCUCGGCAACCCUAUCUGCGAUACAAGGCUUGUAUGGUCCCAAGAUGACUGUUGGAAUAUCCGCCUAUUUGUCCGAGUUUCAACAUCAAGACAUCGGGGUUACUGGCUGCGUCAAUGCAACAGGCUUGUGUCUCUAUACUACCCUACUGAAAAAUUGCACAGCCCUAUCAAAACAAAUUCCCUUAAAUCAAACUUCUAUCUCUGGAUUGACCCUCCACAUUCGCGCGACUCCGCUGGACUACCAGCUUGGCUACAGUCUUCACCCUCAUUUGACACCUACAUAUCUUGCAACAAUUAGUUCCUCAUGGCAAGCAUUUGCACCAGCCAACUACCUUGUUUUCGAAGGCAAUUCCUUUGCGCUGUUUGCCAGUGGAGGCGGGGAGCCAUGGCCUUAUAAUGGACAUGACGUGGGCUUCACCGAAGUUGUGGAGACAUAUUUCGAGGAGAAUAUCCCAGAUUAUGAUAUUUGGUAG